GCAGUCAACCGGUUAUUUUUCUGAAAGGGAGGGGCCAUGGUUGAUAUUUCUGAGUUCCCAAGCACUUGCUUGCCAUUUUGCUUUCGUUGUUCGAGGAAUCAGGACGUGACAGUCAGCAGAAAUCCAAAUCAUGAAUAAUUAUCCUGGGAUGUGCUUAGUGUUCUGUUUUGCAAUAUUUGGAUUGGGCUCUGCCAUCAGCUGUGUCAAAUGCAAGGAUGACACCGGGAGCUGCACAACUACACAGGACUGCCGUGUUGAUGAGGAUGCCUGCCUGACACUAGCUGAGAAAGGGGGACAGAAAACUCUGCAGUGCAUCAAGUUCUCUGACUGCGACUUCAAUCGAUUGGCCCAGAUGUUUCCAUCUGUACCAAAAUUUACCUUCGAUUGUUGCACCAGUGACCUAUGCAACGGAGCCACAUCCAUUGGCACUGGCAAGCCCUUGCUGGGCCUUCUUGCCUCAUUGGCAGUGAUGUGGUGGUGUAUGCAGUAACCUCUCCUCACACUUACAUCUUAGAAGCUCUAAUGCUGCCAUUCGACUCAACAGAAGCCACUGAUGGAACGGCAAGCAGGAAGAUAUGAUCUAAAAGCUCAUGCUGAAAUUCUUCCUUAUUUGCCUGACUUACUGCUGCACAUUUGCAAUAUUGAAUUUGACACUUUGCACUUAAUUGGAUUUUAAAGCUUGCUAUGAUAACCUAUUUGUUGAUUACCAAUGCUUUGUGCUUCAGCUAAAAGGGCUGAAAAUAGGAAAUGUGCUCACAGGUCAUGAGUUUGGAAAAGGUAUAUCAUUCAACCAAUCCUAUUUUGAGGCUUGUAAAAUAGACUAACAAUUUCCAUCUAAGGGGGUUUGCUCAGAAUUAUGACUAAGUAUUGCUCCAAUAAGUUGUCUAUGUUUGUGGGUCUGUGAUUGAGUGGACAAAGUAUUGAUUGUAUAAUAAAAAAUGCAAAUACUGCAGAAUUCAUGAUGUGGAAUUUGGAACUAAAUGUUGAUCAUUUUGGGAGAGACAUUUGUUCACAUACAAUGCCUUCACCGCUCUUAUACUGUGUAGUGGCUUACCCUGGUACAUAACAUUGCUUUGCCUGUUUUAUAGGUAUGUUAAAACAAUCUGUCUUUUUUAAAGGGCACAGUAUAGACCUAUUAGGAUUCAAAUGAAGGGGAAGGAGUGAAAUAUUUAAUCUCUGGACAAUAAAUAAAAUAUUACCAAAAAGCCA